AAAAAAAAAAGAAAAAGAAAACAACUUUCAGGGACCAAAAAAAAACAAAACAAAGGAGCUUUCUGUUUAUUUUUGUAACGUUCCUCGAGAAUCGUAUUAAAUUUGUAAUACCCUUGCACUAAUACGGCAUAUUAGGCCAGGUCCUGUGAAAUGUUCAGAUUUCACAAUUUUGGGUUUUGGGUGUAACGAAGAAUUUGAAGAGUAGUUGAAAACUCUUCCAUUUUCAGUCUUCUCCAUUAGAAUCAAAAUUGGGGUUGUUUUUCCUCAUAGACAACAGAAAUGGCCACAACUCCUAACGGAAUCACAGAAGAGGAUCCAGAAGAUGGAGUUUCAUCAGUAAAUUUUGGAAGUUCGGAAGCCCUAGAGGUGGUACGCAAAUUAACAGAUGUAGGUGCAAUGACUCGACUUCUUCAUGAAUGUAUUGCUUAUCAAAGAAAUUUAGAUCUUGAACUUGAAAAUUUACUAUCUCAAAGAACAGAUCUUGAAAAAAAACUAAACAAUUUACAGAAAAAUGCAGAGGUCUUAGAAAUUGUUAAAUCUGAUUCAGAUUCUAUGUUAUCUAAUGUUAGAUCAACAUGUGAUUUAGCUGAUCAAGUUAGUGGUAAGGUUAGAGAAUUAGACCUAGCUCAAUCCAGGGUGUAUUCAACAUUAUCCAGAAUUGAUGCAAUUGUUGAGAGAGGUAAUUGUAUUGAAGGUGCUAAAAAAUCAUUAGAAACUGAAGAUUAUGAAUCUGCUGCUAAAUUUGUUCAAACGUUUUUGAAAAUCGAUGAGAAAUUUAGUGAUUCAAAUGCUUCUGAUGAUCAAAGAGAACAGCUUUUUGAUUCAAAGAAAAAACUUGAAGGAAUUGUUAGAAAGAAACUAUCAAAUGCAGUUGAUCAAAGAGAUCAUUCCACCAUUAUGAGAUUUAUUAUGCUUUUUCCGUUGUUAGGUCUUGAAGAAGAAGGAUUGCAAGUUUAUGUUAAUUAUUUGAAGAAAGUAAUCUCAAUGAGGUCUAGGUUAGAAUUUGAAAAUUUAGUGGAGCGAAUUGAUCAAAAUCAAGGAAGAGAUUUUGUUGAUUGUUUAACUAGCUUGUUUAAAGACAUUGUUUUAGCUGUUGAAGAAAAUGAUGACAUUUUGAGAAAUCUUUGUGGUGAAGAUGGAAUUGUUUACGCAAUUAUUGAGCUCCAAGAGGAGUGUGAUUCUCGGGGUUCUCUUGUUUUACGAAAAUACAUGGAAUUUAGGAAAUUAAGCAGAGUAGAAUCAGAAAUCAUUUCUUAUAGUAAGAAUAUACUCUCAGUUGGAGCUACGGAAGGGCCGGAUCCGAGACAAGUUGAGCUGUAUUUGGAAGAGAUUCUAACGUUGACACAGCUGGGCGAGGAAUAUACCGGGUUCAUGGUGUCAAAAAUUAGGGGAUUGAGAUCAGUUGAUCCUGAGUUGGGUCCACGGGCGACAAAAGCAUUUAGAAAUGGAAGUUUUAGUAAAGUUGUUCAAGAAAUUACUGGGUUUUAUGUGAUUUUGGAGGAAUUCUUUAUGGUGGAAAAUGUGAGGAAGGCGAUAAAGAUUGACGAGCAUGUACCUGAUAGCCUCACUACUUCUAUGGUAGAUGAUGUGUUUUAUGUUUUACAGAGUUGUUGUAGAAGAGCUAUCUCGACUUCAAGUAUGAAUUCGGUACUUGCUAUUCUCAGUGGCGCAAUGAAUUUGUUGAGUAAUGAGUAUCAAGAAGCUUUGCAACAUAAAAUGAGAGAACCAAAUCUUGGGGCCAAGCUGUUUCUUGGGGGUGUUGGUGUACAAAAGACGGGAACUGAGAUUGCAACAGCUCUGAAUAACAUGGAUGUCAGUGGUGAAUAUGUCCUGAAACUUCGACAUGGAAUUGAGGAGCAAUGUGCAGAGAUAUUCCCUGCACCAGCCGAUCGAGAAAAAAUCAAAUCAUGUUUGUCUGAAUUGGGGGAGAUGAGCACCGGUUUUAAGCAAGCUUUAAAUGUUGGAGUGGAGCAACUGGUCUCUACUGUAACUCCUCGAAUCCGUUCUGUGCUAGAUAUGGUGGGAACAGUUAGCUAUGAGCUAUCCGAGGCUGAAUAUGCAGAAAAUGAGGUGAACGACCCCUGGGUUCAGAAGCUCCUCCAUGCCGUGGAAACAAAUGCGGCAUGGCUUCAGCCUGCAAUGACAUCUUCCAACUAUGACUCAUUUGUUCAUCUUAUUAUCGACUUCAUUGUUAAGAGGUUGGAAGUGAUUAUGAUGCAGAAGAAGUUCAGCCAACUUGGGGGUCUUCAAUUGGAUAGAGAUGCUAGGGCACUAGUGAGCCAUUUCUCUGGUAUGACCCAGAGGACUGUCAGAGACAAGUUUGCCCGGCUUACUCAGAUGGCAACUAUCCUUAACCUGGAAAAGGUUUCCGAGAUUUUGGAUUUCUGGGGAGAGAAUGCAGGACCCAUGACUUGGAGACUAACUCCGGCUGAGGUGAGGAGAGUUUUAGGCUUAAGAGUUGAUUUUAGACCUGAAGCAAUUGCUGCUCUUAGAUUGUAGUCCUCAUUUGUAUUCAUUAUCUUCUUUUCUUUUUCUUCCUUUGCUGCUUUGGCUCCUUCUCUUCUUGGUUUGGUUAUAAUUCAUAAUUUUUUACUUAUACUUCAUAAAUUUAGAUCAUCCGUUGUAUUUCAUAUUAUGAAUUUAUUAAACAAUUUUAGUACUUUCUUGAAGAAACUUUUUGACAGAGUGAAAAUGGGGUUGGAUGUUAUCAA